AUGGAGGUGUGUGUCAUUGCCAAGUGCACAUAUAAGUCGGAAACCAUUAUGUUUUCAGUUUCAUCAGAGUCAUCCAUGGUUGAUAUUUUGAAGACUUUGUGUCUAAGGUUUAAGGGUUUGCAGUUGGGUUGUUUUACGUUACGGUAUUCGCUGCCCAGUUAUCCGAGUUGUUUUCUAGAAACGGAUAGCGAUUUGGACAUGAUGAGGUCAUUUUUGUUUGUAUCAAAUGAGAAGAGUGUUGAUAUUUUAGUGAAGGAUUUAUGCGGGAGCAGUGAAUAUAGUGGUGAUUUUUGUGCAAAUAAGGAGUUGAUAGCAUGUGAAAAGGGCGAGUCGUCGUGUUCUAGUACUGUCGAAGACAGAAAUGAAUUUUUGGGCAGGUCGAAGAGAGCAAGUGCUAAGCCUUUGUUGUCGAAUGAGUGGGAGACGUACAUACAUCAUGUAGGGCAGAAGUUUGACGGUGGUGCAGAGGAGUUCCGUUUGAAAUUGUGCAAGUACGCUCUUGAAGUAGGAUUUAAUUUUUUAUAUGCCGGCAAUGACAAGAAGCGGGUGGUUGCUAUUUGUUCGAAUAAGAAAUUGGAGGGUUGUAGCUGGCGUGUUUAUGCUUCUCGUUGUGAAGCUACUGGCUGUUUUGUAAUUCGGACAUUAAAUAAUGUGCAUACAUGUGUGGGUCGGAUACGGGAAUCAAAGAGUAAGAUGAUGAAGUCUCGUGUGGUGUCCUCCCUCAUUGUGGACAGAAUUCGUGCAAAACCAGAGCUGAAGCCAGUUGAGAUUAUACACGAGUUCAAAGAUUAUUAUGGUAUAGACAUUUCAUACUACCAUGCAUGGUUUGGCAAAGAGUUAGCUAAAUUGAACGUUCACGGUGAUGAGUCGAAGUCCUUCAACGAGUUAGUGUGGUAUGCGGACGCCGUAAAGGAAACUAACCCUGGUUCUCUCUGCACUCUUGAAUGUGAAGCUGGAAUUAAUCGCUUUAGACGGUUUUUUGUGUCGUUUGGCGGUUGCAUUGCUGGAUUUCAAUAUUGCAUACCCUUGUUGUUCGUUGAUGCUACGUUUUUGAAGAGCAAGUACAAGGGGCAGCUUCUCUGUGCUUCCGGAAAGAAUGGAAAUCAAGGGUUUUAUCCUCUAGCUUUUGGAGUUGUUGAUUCUGAGACAGAGGAGAAUUGGACUUGGUUUCUUCAACAUUUGGCUUCUAUUUUGCUACCGAUGGGGAGAGUGGUGACCUUUUUUUCGGAUCGCAAUCAAGGUUUGUUAAAUGCAACGGGGUUUGUGUUUCCUGGAUGGCCUCAUUCUUACUGUUACUAUCACCUCAAACAGAAUUUGAUAUCGAAGUACCCGAAGUCAGGUUAUGGGAAAUUGCUCCAAGACCGUGUUAUCAAUUUAUUUAGUAGGUGCGCAUAUACUAUUACAGAGGAAGAGUUUACGAUAGCAAUGGAGGAGUUGGUGAUUGUUGGGAGUUCGUAA